AUGGUAUUAGCAGAUGAAGUGGGUUCUAAGAUUCAUGCAACUGUUGAUGGAGAUUCGGUGGAGCAAUUUAAUUCAGAAUUGACGGAAGGCCGUACUAUAUUCUUAAGCAACUUCACGUUCAAAGAUUACACUACUGCAUAUAGGACAAAUGUCAUAGGGCAGGUUGUUAGUCUAGAAACUUCUGACGUUAUCGCUCAAGGAAAACCUAUAAGAAAGUUGGACGUUGUUCUACGUAAUGCCAGUGAUAAUCGCUUGACUUGUACGCUGUGGGGAAAUUUCGGAAAGAAAGUAAUCGACUACGUGACGAAAAAUAUUGCGUCUGUGAUCGUGUGUGUUGUUAGAUUUGCUUCAGUAACAGAAUGGAAAGGAGUUUACAGUAUUUCAAACUCUUUCAACGCAACACAGAUAUUUCUCGAUCCACAUUCUAAACAAAUUGAAGAUUUUCGAGCCUUAUUGCCAACCAAUACAUUUGUGAUAUCCAAUGAACAUAAGGUGCAAUCAUCAUCCACUAAGUCUGUUUCAUGGAAAGAUGAAUUCUUUGAUAGAAAUGAAAGAAAGACAAUUCAGGGUAUUGUUUAUGCCGAUACGGAAAUGAAAUGUGUUACUGCUGCGACAGUUGUUCGAGUUGAAUAUAAUCCUAUAUGGCAUUAUAUUGCAUGCAGAACUUGCGAUAAAACAGUUCAUCCAAUAGAAUCUGAUUCUACCGAUGACGAUUCUUUGCUAUUUGAUUGUAGAGAAUGUGGCGAGGCUGUCUCAGAUGUUAUAGCCAGGUAUAAGUUAGUGUUGAUUGUUUCCGACAAGUCUGGCGAAGAGAUAAGAUUCUUACUGUUUGAUAAAAUCGCUAGCGCAUUUCUCCGUGUUCAAGCACAUACUUUAGCUGAGGAGGUUGCUGAGGACGGAACUUUGGUGCUUCCACGAGCUCUUUCUGAUUUGGUUGGGAAGAAGCUCCUUAUCAAAAUCGGAAUAGGAACGGAGAAUCUGACUAACAGACGUCAAACUUAUAAAGUUGAGAUCGUUGUCGAUGAUGCAGAUAUGUUGAAUAAGUUUGAAAAUCAUGGAAUUCGAUCCCUCGAACAUGAUUUAGAACUUAGGGAUGUUGGUAAUUCGAGGAAGCUGAGAGCAGAUAUCGUGGAGCUUCUGAAGAAGAUGUUAGAUGAUCAUAAUCCUCAUGUUAAAGCCUUAAGAACUGCACGCGAACGAUUUGUUGGGAAUCAAAAUUCUAAAGGUUUUAAGUUGGUUCUUGCAAGUGGCCGAACUACUGAUGGUCGAACGCAUAACUUACCUACUGAGAACGAUGUGGCGGCUUUGAUACCUGGUGAUUUCAAUAUGUUAACAGAAAAAAGAGACAUCGUUAUUCAAAGCAAGUCUGGAGGUUUAUACCGUAUAAGUGAGUUGCAUCCGGCUUAUUUACUUUUGCAGUAUCCGUUAUUGUUUCCGUAUGGUGAAGAUGGUUUUAGAUUACGUAUUGAUAUUGGCUAUGUUGAUACAUCUGGAAGGAAACGCACAACCGUGACAAUGCGCGAGUUUUUCGCAUUUCGCAUUCAAGACAGGCAUGGAGAAUCCCCAAUCAUUAUGAUGUCUGGGAGAUUGUAUCAGCAGUUUCUGGUUGACGCAUAUACGAUGGUGCUUAUACCUGCUUCAUUCACGGGAAGUAAGAGAUUCAUGAGGAAACAUUAUCUAGACGCGAUGGCAACAUGCAAGUACUACGGAUACCCGGAUUUUUUCAUAACAAUUACUUGCAAUCCAAAAUGGCCUGAGAUAACGAGGUUUUUGGAAAAACAUGAUCUAAAGAUCGAGGAUCGACCAGAUAUUUGUUGCAGGAUUUUUAAAAUGAAGCUCGAUAAUUUAGUGAAUUAUCUAACGAAAGACCACGUUAUGGGCCACAUUAACUCAGCGAUGUAUACCAUUGAAUUCCAAAACAGAGGAUUGCCACAUGCCCACAUGGUUGUUUUCUUGAAACCCGAAUCCAAACUACCAACAGGCGAGGACAUAGAUAGAUUUAUAUCAGCAGAGAUACCGGACAAGGACUUGGAUCCAAUUUUGUACGAAAUUGUUGGAGACUUGAUGAUACAUGGACCAUGCGGUGAUGACAAUCCAAAAAAUGUUUGUAUGCAUGAGAAAAGGUGUACAAAAUUCUUUCCUAAGCCUACUGGAUCAGUUACUAAAAUCGAUGAUGCUGGCUUCCCCAUCUAUAGACGUCGUAUGGAUCAAAGAACCAUUCUGAAGAGGGGUGUUUUGUGUGAUAACCGAUAUGUUGUCCCAUAUAAUCCAGAUCUCUUAAAGCGUUUUCGGGCACAUGUUAACGUUGAGUGGUGCAACCAAACCAGGUCUAUAAAGUACCUAUUCAAAUAUAUAAACAAGGGUCCAGAUUACAUUAGAGCAGCAAUCGAGGAUGAAGACGGUAACCCCGUUAUAUCCCAAGAUGAGGUUGAGCAACAUUACAAUUGCAGAUACAUUUCACCGUAUGAAUCUUCAUGGAGGCUUCUAAAGAUUCCUACACAGUACCGAACCACGGCAGUAAUGCAACUUUCGUUUCAUUUGCCUCGUAAACAAAUGUGUAUAUAUCACGAAAGAGAGAGCGUUGACCAAGUCUUAAACAACGCAUCGGUAGGUCAGUCACAAUUUCUAGCGUGGAUGGAGGCAAACAAGGAACAUGCCUUGGCAAAGGAGCUAACAUAUGCUGAUUUCCCAACAAAAUUCGUCUGGGUCUCAAAGCAGCGGCAAUGGAGAAUACGAAAACAAGGUUUUGCCAUAUGCAGACUGGUGUAUGUCUCACCUUCCGCUGAAGACGCAUAUCAUUUGAGGAUUCUUCUCAAUAUAGUCAAGGGCCCUGAGAGUUUUGAUGACUUAAAAAAGGUUAAUGGUGUUAUAUACUCUUCUUUCCGAAAAGCAUGCUUUGCGCUUGGUUUGUUAGACGAUGAAAAAGAAUACAUCGAAGGAAUUAAAGAGGCCAGUUUUUGGGGAACUGGAAAGUUUCUUCGUAAACUUUUUGCUAUAAUGCUUCUUUCGAGUAGUGUAGCAGUUCCGAUCAACGUCUGGAAUGCUACUUGGAAAAUAUUAACUGAGGAUUUAUUAUAUCAGAAAAGGCGUGAAGAGAAUGACCCAGGUUUGGUGUUGACUGAAGCCCAAUAUAAGAAUCUUGGUUUGUCAGAUAUAGAGAAGUAUAUGCGCAGAAACGGUCAUUCAUUAUCCGACUAUAAAGGAGAGAUGCCAGUCCCUGAUGAUAUUGGAAAGUAUAAGAAAUCAAAUCAUCUAAUCCGGGAUGAGAAAUCAUACGAUCGUGCAAAACUUGCAAACAAUCAUGUCAAGUUGUUUUCAACAAUAACCAAUGAACAGAAGGAUAUCUACAAUGAGAUAAUGGAUGCAGUUACAAGAGGUAUCGGUGGAAUGUUUUUUGUUUAUGGAUAUGGUGGGACAGGUAAAACGUACCUAUGGAGGCUUUUAGGCGCUGCUCUUCGUUCUCAAGGAAAAAUAGUUCUCAAUGUUGCAUCAAGUGGCACUGCAGCAUUGUUAUUAGAGGGAGGAAGAACAGCGCAUUCUCGGUUUGGAAUACCCAUAGUUGUGAACGAGUAUACAUUCUGUAAUGUGAGUUCUGGAUCACACCAAGCAGAGCUGAUUGAAGCAGCCGAUCUUAUUAUAUGGGAUCAGGCUCCGAUGAUGAGCAAGCAUUGUUUUGAGACAUUGGAUCGGACUAUGCGUGAUAUACUAAAGUGUGAUAAGGUCUUUGGUGGAAAGGUCGUUGUUUUGGGUGGUGACUUUCGACAAAUACUCCCUGUUAUUGUCGGAGGCAAUAGCUCAGAGACUAUAUUGGCAACUGUGAAUUCUUCUCAUAUUUGGUCUGAUUGCAAAGUUCUGCAGCUAAAGACAAAUAUGAGACUGCUUCGUGGCGAUAAUGAUUUUAAUAAUCAAGAAAUUGAAGAAUUCGCCAAGUGGAUCUUGGAUAUUGGUGAUGGAAAACUAAAUAUUCAUGAUACCAUAGAAGAUGAAUUAGAAAUUCCAGCGGAUUUGCUGAUAAGUGGAGAAGGUGAUCCUGUUAAGAGAAUAGUCUCGGAGAUUUAUGGUCAAUCUUACACAACCACUCGUGAGGAACAUGAAUACCUUAGUGCUGAUAGCAUUGAUACUUCAGACACAAGCAAAAUAGACGAAGUCGUCUAUACACAGGAGUAUCUUAAUAGUAUAAAGGUAUCAGGGCUGCCAAAUCAUUCUCUCAAGUUAAAGAUAGGAGCUCCAAUAAUGUUGCUUAGAAAUAUUGAUCCUAAGGGUGGUUUGUGUAAUGGUACGAGGUUGCUUAUUACUUGGUUAGCUAGGCAUGUAAUCGAGGCAAGCUAUAUAACCGGGAAGAAAAUAGGAAAAAAGGUUAUCAUACCUAGAAUGUUUGUGUCACCACCAGAAGCAAGGUUUCCUUUUAGAAUGCGCCGGAGGCAGUUUCCUAUUACCAUAGCUUUUGCUAUGACUAUAAACAAAAGUCAGGGUCAGACUCUACAAAAGGUGGGAUUAUAUUUGCCAAAACCAGUGUUCUCGCAUGGUCAACUUUAUGUCGGCGUGUCUAGAGUUACAUCACGCCAAGGGUUGAAGAUUCUUAUUACAGAUAAGAAUGGCAAAGCACAAAAGAAGACAAUGAAUGUUGUUUACAAAGACGUGUUUGAAAACAUUUAUAGAAAUUUGCGGUUGGUUUGA